UGUGUGUUUUGUGUGUCUCCUCCGUGGUAUGGUGCUGGAAACUCUAGGAUUUCGAUUUCGCGCAGUGUAAACCACCAAACGUUUACUGUGCUCUUAUUCACCACCGUGGCCGACGACGUUUGUUGCCCGUCGAAUCUGUGAACACUGUGAAUAAAAAAAGAAAACGUAAAGAAACUAAGACCACGCUUCGAGAAGGAUUCUAUUUACCCCGGUGUAUUGCGAAAGUGAGUGAGAGUGACGGUUAGUGUGUAAACAAGGCGACCAGUGAUAAGAGAGCGGAGUUACUCUCGUUUUUUCUGUUUUUAUUUUCUAUUUCUUUCGUUCCACGACCAAGAUAUCUCGCGAAGAUUCUUCUUUUUCUGCCACUUCUGCCAACCACCAUUCCACCCUGGUCGAGGAGCUUCGGCGACUAUUAGAAACCGGCAGCAACUUCACGGCACUUCGUGCACCGAGUGAUGUUUUGAAGCGGAUCGGUCGCAAAGAUGAAGGCCGUAAUCGCGUCGUGUUUCCUCCUCACCCUCGUCAACGGCGUUCUCUCCGUCGAGUGGAAACACAGCGCCGCCUUGGACAAUAACUUCUUGGUUCUUUGGACGCCCGGCGAGAACGAUGUUAUGUUCGAGAUUCAAGUGAAAACUCUCGGCUACGUGGGUCUCGGUUUCACCAAGGACGACGACAGGGUUGGCGCUGACAUGGUCAUCGGAUGGGUGGACAACAACGGACAGCUCCAUCUCCAGGACCGGCACGUGAAGGACGCCAGCAAAGACCCGGAGAUGGACUCGAGCCAAGACUAUACUCUGCUACUGGGUUACGAGAACAAAACGCACACGGUUCUCCGUUUCUUCAGGCGAUACGAUACGUGCGACCCACGAGACCUCAAGAUCACGAACGACACGAUGCAAGUGGUUUGGCAAUAUCACGUGGAGGAACCAGUGUCCGCAGCCGGGGUUCUGCCCGCACACGGAGCGGUACGUGGCUCCAGGCCGCUCUAUCUGGUGCAAAGGGACUCGCAGCCGAGGCCGAGCCCGCGGAACCAAGAAGUCGAGCAACCGCUUAAAACCUGGGACAUAUUGAACGAGCAGAUUCGAUUACCCAUGGCGCUCGACACGCUGCAUUGGUGCCGCGUUCUCAGGAUGCCAAACAUCGAUCGCAAACACCACGUUGUGAAGUACGAACCGGUGAUACAACCCGGAAGUAACGACUACCUGCAUCACAUGACUCUGUACGAGUGUCGUGGGGACCAAGCGGAGCUGGAGGCCGUCGCGAAGACGUCCGGCAGCAACAAGUGCUAUCACGCCUCUUAUCAGUGCAACACAAUCGCCGCUGUUUGGAGUCUCGGCUCUGAGGGCUUCAAUUAUCCGCUGGAGGCCGGUUACCCGCUGGACCCGUACAACGGGCCGCGUUACUAUAUGCUGGAAACGCAUUACACAAAUCCGCAGAUGGACGCGUUCAUCAGCGACAGCUCCGGACUCCGUUUGCAUUACACGGACCGGCUGCGCACCCACGACGCCGGUAUUCUCAGCGUCGGGAUCGACCCGAACUGGCGGCACAUCAUACCACCCGGCCAGCCCGAGGUGGUCUCCGAAGGUCAUUGCAUCUCGGACUGUACCGGUCAGACCAUACCGAACAACGGCAUCAACAUAUUCGCCGUCAUCAUGCAUACCCAUCAACUCGGCAGGAAGGUCCGAUUGCGUCAGAUAAGGUCCGGAGAGGAACUGCCACCCAUUGCGUCUGACACCAAUUACAAUCCUAGCUAUCAGGAGUAUCGGAAGCUCCAGAAGCCCGUCCGUAUCUAUCCGGGCGAUCAUCUAGUGGCCGAGUGCACGUACUCGUCCGAAUCCAGACAAGCGAUCACGCUGGGCGGUCUGGCGACGCGAGAGGAGACGUGCCUGGUGUCCACUCUUUAUUAUCCGCGCAUCGAACUAUCGCUUUGUUACUCGCUGCCCUCGUUACCGACAGUUCUGCACAGUUUGGGGAUCCAGAUGCUGGCGAAAAAUUCCACCCCGGUCCGGAUUCAAGAACCGCCAGAGCUGGCCGGAAUGACGCUGGAGGAUCGUCUGGUGAGCUACGACUGGGAGAACAACUUCCAGAACUUCCAAGAAGCUACACGUGGUGGCACCUUCAAGCCGCUCUGUUCCACCAGCAAGGGUCCGUUGCCUGGUACCGACAAGCUGGAGGUCCAUUAUCCGAGGAUUCUCAGGCCGUACGAGGAGGCGAGCCAGCCCUGCUCGAAGAAACCGCUGAGGAACAAGCUGUCGUUGUUGCUCAGCGAGGACGGCGACAUCGGGGCGCCUGUGGAUCCCGACAGCGACGAGACGAACGCCGUCGAACGUGGCCAAUUGGUCCGCAGCAAGGUGUCCCGCAGCAGUGACGGGCCAACCGCCGGAAGUUCCUCCGCCAGAUCGGUAUCGUUGGCUCUGAUCCUCACCGCGGUGACGAUGGUUGUCGGCGCGGCGUUCAGGUGA